GCGCUCGCGCAAUGCCUCCAGGAAUCCGACUGCAUAAUGGUCCAGCGGCACACCCCACGCGAAUGCCUCAGCUCGCCGCUAGCCGAGGAGCUGCCGACAAAGUGCCAGCAGCUGAGCAAGGGAUUGAGCGAGUGCAAACGCGGCAUGAUCGAUAUGCGCAAGCGAUUCCGCGGUAACCAGCCCAUCGCCCUAUCGAAGGAGUUGGAAGGAGGCAGCUCGGGCUCUGCCUCUGGGCAGCAGAUGUAUGCGGGCAAGCCGGCGUUUCAGUCGGUUAAGGAGCUUAAUGGAGAUGAGGUGCAGAUGGAUCCGGAGAAGACGAGAGGUCUUUAG